GGCUGCGGCUACUGUCCCCUUACCCCUUCUUUCCUCCCUCCUCCAGAGAAACUCUGUUCACCGCACCCACCUCCUCAGGAACUCGCUGUUCACACUCCCGUUAACAUUAAAGAGCUCCAACUCAUUGGCCGCUUUCUCGAGGCUAAGCCCCACCCCGUCACACAGAUCCGCCACUCAUUGGUGUCACUUCCUGUCACUCAACAGUUCUUCCAGGUCACUGGGUUUCUUCAGUUUAGUGAUUAACCCUAUAGGUGCAAAUACCUGGUCGAAUCCCGCCCCCGUCUUCUCCCUGUUGGUCAACUCCGCGGUUAUUAUCAUAACAAGCAAAGAAUGGCUGGUAGUUUGGCGGCGAGGGUUUGGGUUUAAGGAGCCCAGCUCUCUGGCCCUUUGGUACCUGAGGAACGGGAGCGUGGGUUCCGUGGGCCGUGUUAAAGGGGCCGGGCAGCCGAGGUCCACGGAGGGGCAGCGGCUGGCCCCGGAUCAGUCAAAUAACUUAGGGCAGAAGCAGAAUUAGACGUAGAUCCUUUUCUCCUGGUCAUCUCUAGUGUCCGACCUGGAUCUCCCCAAAAAGUUCUGUGCCCCAAAUCACUGGGACCUAAAGCUGGUUGUUGGCCAGUCACUGGGCCUCAGUUUUCCUGUGAGCUGAAAGGUUCUAAUUCAGAUUCUCUGGGACCUUCCUGGUCAGCCCUCCCAGCUGCUUAAUCUGAGCUGAAUUUACUUGUUCUCUCGCUCAGAUGCUAGUUUAUCCGUUUGAUCUUCCACCUACUUACUUAUACAUUACUCAGGCACUUACAAUGUCUUACUGAGCUAUACCUGCGUGUGGUAACCCUCCUCCACCAAUCGGCUGUGGUUUAGUAGGUGGUUAGUGUCCUACAUUUCUGACACUGGAUGGGUAUGGCAUGGAACAUCAGAGAGGAGCAGAAAGUAGGUCUCUGUCUGGAGGAGGUAAAGAUCAAGCAGAGCUCUGCCAUCUUCGAUUCUGUAGAAUUUUGUGAUGCCAGUCUGCAUUCUGGAUUCCUCCACGUGUGGCUCCCAUUCUCCUCCCUCCUUUGAACAGCCUAUAAAUACUAGGAUGGUGUCUGAGGCUCAGAGAGGUUAAGUGACGUAGCCAAGGUCAAACAGCUAGUAGUGGAGCCAGCAUUCAAACCGAGGUCUGUCUGAUUCCCUCAAGGAGAGGCUUUUUUCUUGCUACCUUCCCAAAGUCUAGGAGCCAUGUCCACCUUGUUCCCCUCACUCUUCCCCCGUGUGACUGAGACACUCUGGUUUAAUCUGGAUCGACCCUGUGUGGAGGAGACGGAGCUGCAGCAACAAGAACAGCAGCAUCAGGCCUGGCUCCAGAGCAUCGCAGAGAAAGACAACAACCUGGUACCUAUCGGCAAGCCGGCCUCAGAGCACUACGACGACGAGGAAGAGGAAGAUGAAGACGAUGAUGAGGACAGCGAGGAGGACUCAGAGGACGACGAGGACAUGCAGGACAUGGAUGAGAUGAACGACUACAACGAGUCACCUGAUGACGGAGAGGUCAAUGAGCCUCCUCUCCAGGUGGACAUGGAAGGCAACGAACAGGAUCAGGACCAGUGGAUGAUCUAGGUAGACAAGGCAGAGUGGUCUCAGGGAGGUUCCAGGUCAGCCCACCCCACCCUGGACCCCCUGCAGAACCAGCCGAUCACCCCCAGUGCUGGAAAGCUCACCCUUGGGCGCCUUCUCAGCUGCUGCAGGACCUGGCCUCCGUGGCCCCUCCUAGGCCAUUCGUUUGCCCUUGAAUCCCCAAGGCCUGAGUCACCCCACCAUUCUGGCCAGCACCUCACUCCUUGGUUGCUGAUCUAGUUUCUUUCUAAUUCUUUAAUAAAGACACAGUACUGAUUUU